AUGUCAGAGUCUGCGGAAGAGGCUCCCCUGAGCGAGCUGUGUACGAUCUGCCACAUCAACACCCCCAAGUAUCGCUGUCCCCGCUGUUUCACUCGGACCUGCUCCCUAAUCUGCUCGCAACGGCAUAAGAAAUGGUCGCAAUGCUCGGGCGUGCGCGACCCGGCCGCCUACCUGCGCCGCAGCGAGCUCGCCACCCCGGCGGCCUUUGACCGCGACUUCAACUUCAUCACCGGGAUCGAGCGUAGCUUGGAACGCGCGGAGCGAGAUGCAGAGAACAGGGGAAUCCCCCUGGACCAUGACUACAUCUGCAGUCUCGACGGGAAGGGGGGCAGCAAGAAGAGAAAGCGUCCGCCGGAGAUGGUCAAGGGCGAGGCGGGCUUCUUGCGGGGUGCGGAGGCGGCCGGAGUGAAGCUCAUGAGGGCACCGAGAGGGAUGACUCGGAAUAAGCAGAAUUGUUCCAGAUGGCAUCCAAAACACAAAUGUCUCAGCUGGACAGUGGAGUGGAUUGCUCCGUCUGGACAACGGACCCUUAGGAACUGCCUGGAGACGUGCUCUUUUGCGGAGGCUUAUGACCGGAUAUAUCCUGUGCCAAAGGAGGAAAGGGAGAAGCAGGACAAAGCUCGCCAGGACAGCGAGCAAGGGUUGCGAGAAGAGACGAAUCGUGAUUCUUCAGCCGAACAACAGCUUGCAACGGAACUCUCAUUGACAGCUAGUCGAGACAAUGAAGAGGUUCGCCAAGUUGAGACGGGCCCAUCUCGUGAGGUACAAGGGACAGAUGCAGCAAAGAACGACGAGUCGAAAGAAGAAGACAGGAAGGCCGAAGACGCAACCCAUCGAGGGGGUGGGUUGCCCUCUACCUCAGAAUCAUCAGCUCCUGGGGAAGUUCUUUCUCAUCGCAAUCUCUACUUCUAUCUUCACCGUCCGCGGACUGCCACCCGAAAAACGGUUUUGAUCCCAGUCUCUCCGACGGCGCUCUUCAACACCGUCCUGCGCAACCGCACAAUCGUUGAAUUCCCGACCGUCUACGUUUUGGAAUCGUCUCCAAAGGAGCUCUCCACGAAAAAGGACAGCGAGUUCCUCCUGGAGGAGCAGUAUCUACAGGCCCGGAAAGAAGCCGGAGAAGAAGAAGAAGAAGAGGCAGUAGAAGACAGCAGCAGCGAGGACACGUUAGAUGGUGACGAAGAGCAGGAAAAUGACGGCCAUUCCAACGGAACUGCGGCUGAAGCUGCCGCUGCCGCGAAUCUCGUCAACAUUGAUGAGAAGAAGGUCCUCGAGGUUCUCAAACAGGAUCUCUUGCAGACAGAUACUGGCACCAAUGCCAGUACUACUGCUACGAGUACUGGCUGA